AUGGGCUUGCCAUUAGCAGACCGUACCCUUCCAGAGCGCCGCAAGGCAAUCAUCUGCGAAGAUGUUGGUAAACUGACCAUACAAAAUGACCGCCCAAUGCCUGUACUGGAACAUGACACCGCAAUUGUGAAGGUCCAUGCCGUCGGUCUCAAUCCUCACGACAUCAAGGGGUUAGAUUAUAGCGCAGCUCCAGGAGCCGUACAUGGAGGAGACUUUUGCGGUACCAUCGUUGCAUUGGGAGAGACAGCUGCUGCGGAAGGGCGGUUUGCGGUGGGUGAUCGUGUCGCAGGGCUUGUUCAGGGAGAGAACAAGCUGGCGCCAGAGAAGGGUUCUUUUGCCGAAUACAUCGAGACAACACCGCACACCAUGGUGAAGGUCCCAGACAGCAUGAGCGACGAAGAUGCAGCCACUCUAGGUGUCGGAAUCGCAUCUGCUACCUUUGGCCUCUAUAAGGAGCUAAAAAUCCCAGGGGGUAUGGAGCGACUUGUUAAGGGAGGCGGCGACCUCGACGAGAACGAUCGAGAAUUCGUUUUGGUCGCCGGUGGUAGCACAGCUACAGGAACUCGAGCUUUACAACUGCUUAAAAUUGCUGGGUUCCGCCCAAUCGCAACAAGUUCUCCUGCUAAUUUCGACUUAUGUCUCCGGUAUGGCGCAGAAAAGGUCUUUGAUUAUCGCAGCCUGACGUGUGCAGCCGAUAUUCGCGCGUACACAGGCAAUGAGUUGGAGUACGCUUUUGACUGCAUUGCCCAAGCAGAAACCACACAGCUAUGCUACAGUGCUAUGGGCCGCGCUGGAGGCCGCUACGUGACUCUGGAGCCCUUCCGUGACUCUGUGGUCAAGGGUCGCAGCUUGACUAUUCAGCCGUCUUGGUUCUUGGCGACCCAGAUCUUCGGAGAAGACAUUGCUAUGGAUGGUGUGUAUGGUCGCAAGGCCAAUCUCGAAGAUCGAGCGUUUGGUACCGAGGCAUUUUUAGCAUUCCAGUCUCUUUUGGAUCGUGGCCUUGUUAGUGCCCAUCCCGUAAAGUCAAUGCCCGGCGGUUGGGACGGUGUUAUACGGGGUGUUGUGAGCAUGCGCAGUGCGGCACCCUCUGGCUAUAAGUUGGCCUACAGGGCCAUGUAA